CUUACUCAUCGCAAUAGAGGAAAACGCCAAACAGCCAAAAGAGAUAUUUUCUUCAGACUUGGGGCUUGGAAUUGAUAUCCUCAGAAUUGUAUGGAACUUUGAAUAGUCAUUGAGCACAGGAAUUACUCACUGAAAUUGCUGCUGGGAUUGGUGGGGCCGAGCAGCCGAUAGCAGCAGCUGAAUUGCCCCAAAAAUAACGCUUCGUCUUCCCGUGCUAUGGUUGGCAUGAGCAAUUUUGUCUUCAAUUCGUCCACGCUGGAGAACAUUGUCGGUGUUAGUCGUGGCGCUAGCGCCGACCUGGAACCUGCACGUGACCAUGACCGUCAAGCACUUAUGGACGAACUGCUAGCGACGAUACGACAAUGUCAGAAGCAGUACGGUAGUCACGCAAAGUUAGCCACCGAGGAAGACACGCUAAUAAUUACGCUCUGCGACGUCUGGGAGCGUGUGUUAUCGCACGGGCUUCGUACUACCACUUGGAUCCCGUUCAACAUACUCGAAUAUUUUGGACCACCCGAGGGAAGACCCCCGGUAGAACGGCCAUGCUUUUGGGACUUUGCCUCCAAUCAUUUGACGCGCGACGAGCGGGAUCGUUUCUGUAAUCUGCAGCACGUCGUUUCCCGGCGCGGACGUGCCCGGGCAUUGUUGCGUGCAUUUCUUAACGAACACGCACUCGAACGGUACGUGUUAAUGUGGCUCGGAGAUGCAGAACUACUCGAAACACACUACGAACCAUGGGCAAUGUUACGGCAGGCCGAGGUACAAUCGUUACUACCGAAUGCGGCCGCCGGGCUAGGUACGAUCCUGUUUGCAAUCGUAAUCGAUCGACCGGAACUAAAUCGCAUCGUUACCGGUCGGGCAGUGCUCGAGCCGAAGCCCGAACCGAUUAUCGCCACUCGAAAACCGAUCGGUCCGGCGCGCAAAGUAAAUGCAGUACAGCGUGAAAUACUCGAAUAUUCCGUACCGCGGCAAUUGACUCCUCCGACUGCUACAGUAAGGCAGCCAGAGACUGCAUCUCAACCGCCACCUAGCAGUAACACACCAAUGGAAGAGAUACCGUACACGGUAACGGAGGCACUUUUAGGUUUUUCAGACGAACUAACGCUGCAAAACAGCUCCACUAACUGGUGUUCCGAUAUACCAGUACCCGUGCCACAGACGGUAGAAGUUGCGGAAGACAGUAUGCUAAACUACUCUUCUGCUAGUGCCACGACCAGUUCCAUUUCCACAUCGGGCAGUUCAUUUUGUGAUGAAGUUCGAGGCACUGAAGAGGACACAGGAUCUAAUGUUGUUAGUCGCAAUCGUUCCCAUUCGGGGUCGCUAUUGUACAGCGAUCAAUGUGCGAUGAUAUCCGAUGGGCAUAGGACCAGCCCUGGAGACGAGAAGAUGAAGCGAAGAAAUCAAGAGCUUGAAGAACGUUGUCAUCUGCUGGAGUCGCGUGUUGCGGCCCUUAGUCUGGAAAACCACCGCCUGCGUAUGCUGACCAGAGCCAACCGACUUUCGACAUCAUUCUUCACCUUCAGUAUUCCGAAAGCGAUUCAACGCACCUCCGACAGUGGUCGGUCACGCCGCCCCUACCACGUGUACGAAAUCCGCAUCACACCGUCCGGUGUUAGCGGUUCAACGACGGGCAAUGAAAGCUGGUGCGUAUAUCGACGGUACAACGAGUUUUACCGACUGCACCGACGUUUGCAGAAACUGUAUCCGACAGUGAAAACGCUAGACUUUCCACCGAAGAAAAAAUUUGGCAACAUGAAUGCCGACCUGGUUGAACAACGAAGACAGCGACUGCAGGUGUACUUGAACGGGCUGUUCGUGUCUGCCCUGCCAGAGAUACUUUCGUGCAGUACACGCGUGCAAUUGGAGCAAACAUUUCCAUUUCUGACAGAACAUUCGGCUUCGGGUGCAGCCAUAUGAGCGAAAAAAAUGAAAACUAUUUCCUUUCAUCACACUGUACCGGUAAGAAGCAUGUGAUGAAUUAAGCACUAAGGAAGGCGAAUUGUAUUUGUAAAUCUGUAAAAUAUCGCGUGUAAUAACAACUACGAUCGCUUCUAAAGCUGAUCGUGGAUGAAGAAAACACAUGCGAAACGUUUCUUUAAUGUUCACCAUUUAAUAUUACAAAAAAACUCACAUCGUUUAGCGUUGAUUUAACUUAAUACGUUAAUACACUACAGAAACAAAAACGAAAGCAUAUCGUUCCUUUGUCGAUCGUUUGAAAACCCAUGACGUAUAGUUUAACUGAAAUAGGGAAAAAUACGAAUGGCAUAUUUUAAAACACCAUCUUAAGAAGAUAAAAGCAUUGUAUGCCUGUAUAGUCUAGCAGGCAACUGGAAAAUGUGCGAAAUUUACUUUACAAAAAAAGAGCUGUACACGUGGCAGGAUGUAACAAAACAAACCGAUAAUUUUUCUAUUAAAC